AUGCCGUUGACCGAGACCGACUCCCUCCCGCAUUUCCGGGCUGGAGAACGUUCACGCGAAGCUGGCCAGGAAACGAAACUUCUUCACUUCAUCUACGGCCAGCCACACUUAGACGAGAUCAGAGGACACUCGCAGAAAGUACUUGACCUGAUGAACAGGUUCGAAGAGGGAUACUACAUGAUGACCGUCGGUGCACCGAAAGGGAGGAUCGUGACCGAUCUAAUUGAUGAGAUCAAGCCCAAGACGAUGAUCGAACUGGGCUGCUAUAUGGGAUACUCCGCCAUUCUCUUUGGCGACGCAGUACGUCGCAAUGGUGGCGAGCGCUAUCUCACUGAACCCGGAAUUGCGAACAUGCUGAUCGAGUUAGCCGGUCUGCGCGAUUUUGUACGAGUGAUUGUUGGCCGCAGUGACGUCUCUCUUGACAGGUUAUACCGGAGAGGGGAGGUAAGCAAAAUCGAACUUAUGUUUCUGGAUCAUUACAAGCCUACGUACUUGACGGACUUGAAGCUGUGCGAGCAUCAUGGCAUGAUCGUCCCGGGCUCGGUGCUGGCUGCAGACAAUGUGCUCUAUCCCGGGAACCCGCCGUACUUGGAGUACGUCCGUAGCAGUGUUGAGCAGAAACGGGAGGCCGCGAAGGGAGGGCCCAUGAAGGGAUAUAAUGUGGAGCGCACAAGCCAACGUCAGGUCAAUUCACAUAUGCCAGAGGGUGAUACGCCUGCGUUUGAAGUGAUUGGAAAUCCCAACCUCGUGUACCAAAGUGUACUGCAGCAACCAGAGGGAGAAUGGGAUGCCAUCGAAGUCACCCGAUGUGUGGGGGCUGGUUCACUGAAGUCAAUCAACUUAUUCACGUAUGAUAACUGCUUUUGGAAUGUUCCUCGAUUCCAUGGAAAGGUCAACUUACUUCCGCACGUCCUCAAAUGUGAUUUGCGGGACGCGCUGUGGUUCAACCACUCGUCCGUGACAGUCGAACCUAAGCGAGUCUGGAGGGCCUGGAUCGAAGGUCUAUUUGAUCAGGCGAUCAGUACCAGCGAUAGAAUAUCGUAUAUGUAUCCAAAAGCGACCGGCGUCGGGCCCCAUUUCCACAAGCAAACGGCACGUUACGGGCCUAGACCAAGACUAAGAGAUAUAAGAGAUAGGACUUUGCAUUCUUUCUCCACUCUCACAAUGCCCGUUGAGAACUACGGAGUGUGGAAGGCGAAGCCUGUCCGCUUCACUUAUGAAACUGAUGCGGAUGACCAUGUGUCGCCUCACCUAUCGCUGUUCUUUACUACCAGUGACAACCCUCGCGGCGAAGGUCGCGCAGCAAUAAACAUUAAAUCUGGGGACAAAAGUGACUCCAGACUAGUGUUCUGGCAGGCCAGAAAAUUCGAAAACUUUCAGAAUGAACAGCUCCGGGAGUUGAAACCAGGAUUUCACCGACUGGAAGGCACCAUGGAGCAAGCCCCUAACGGUCUCGCACUGGACUAUAUUAGAGGCAAUCUGUUCCACCGAGAAACAGGCAGACUCCUACCUCAUGACAUUCCUGGACCUGAUAAUGACAUAUUGGAUGAGCUGAUCCCCUUACUGGAUGGCGCGGUCGACAAUGACAGCGUGAUCUACAUCUAUGGGUCGCAUUUCAGCCAUGGCAACGGUAUCCACAACAUUCACAUGAACCAGGGAAGUCCUAGGAAGUGGAAAAGCGACAAUGGGAUCUACCAGGACGGGGGUAUUUUGCUGGACUUUGGAGAUCACUGGAAGGGGGUGUUUAUCGGUUUUGCAUCUCAAGCUGUGCAUACCGACGCCGAAGGUCAGCCUACUCCCCCACACGGCUAUCUUACCUGGAAUGAGCUCUUGAACCCGGAAAUCCCCGGGGACCAACGAAAGAGGCGUGAUGUCCAUGACCGGACAGUUUCUAUCAGCGAGGCCUUAAUCCGCCACCAUGGUGCAGACCCAACAGCCAAACCUGACAUGAUCACUCUCACGAACCGCGCGGACGCGCCCGUGGUACUUAAUGGCUGGAGCAUUCGGAAUCACAAAGGCGACAAUGAAUACCUGCCCGAUGGUACCGUCUUGCGUCGGAGACGUCGCCAGAGCUUUCAGCUGCACAACUGCGCGCUGUCCGACGAGGGGGGUACCAUCACGCUCUUGAAUGAGCAGGGGCUCAAGGUGGACGGGGUGCGAUAUACCGCUACCCAAAGCAGUCCAGGCCAUGUUGUGUCGUUUUGA